UUUACCAUCUUCAUGGGAUAUGAAAACCAUACUGAAUUCUAUUUCCGUCCCUUCUCAACCUUGCUUGAGACACAGCUGGUCAUUUUCCUUCUCUUUCUGCUCCUCUACGUCCUCAGCCUCUGUGGGAACGCUGCUGUCGUGCUUAUUGUCCAUGUCGACCACUCUCUCCAUAACCCCAUGUAUUUUUUCUUGGGCAACCUGGCAGCUCUGGAGAUCUGCUACACUUCUGCCAUUGCUCCAUUGGCUUUGGCCAACCUUCUGUCCAGGAAAAGUGCCACCAUUUCCUUAAGUGGCUGUGGAACCCAAAUGUUCUUCUUUGUCUUCCUGGGAGGAGCUGACUGUGUCCUACUGGCCAUCAUGGCAUACGAUAGAUAUGUGGCAAUUUGUCAUCCACUGCGCUACAUGCUCAUCAUGAACAAAACAGUAUGUACUUCCCUUGUCGUGGUAUCCUGGCUACUGGGCUUUCUGUUGUCUCUAAAACUGACCAUCCUUAUUUUUCGCUUGCCAUUCUGUGGCCAAAAUGAAAUCAAUCACUUCUUUUGUGAUGUCCCAGUCAUUCUGCAGUUGGGUUGUAGUGACAUCCAAAUCCACCAAGCUGCUAUUUUCAUAGUUAGUGUUGUAGUCAUCACAAUACCCUUCCUUCUAAUCUGUAUCUCAUAUGGCUUCAUUGCCGUGGCCAUUUUGCAAAUCCGUUCUGCUGAAGGCCAGCAAAAAGCUUUCUCCACGUGCUCCUCCCACUUGAUGGUUGUCCUCUUACAGUACGGCUGUUGCAGUUUCAUAUACUUACGGCCCAACUCUAGCUACUCACCACAGGAGGGUCGAGUGGUUUCUGUGUUCUACACCUUUGUCACUCCCCUACUGAACCCUCUGAUCUAUAGCAUGAGAAACAAGGAACUGAAAGAGGCACUGAGGAGAGCCUUUCGAAGAAGACUGUUUCCCACCAAAAAGUUUGACAGCUAG